GUGUGGAGAGGGAGAGUGGCCGCUGGGUGAGUGAUGGGGAGCGGAGGGCGGCUGGCUGGAGCUCCCGGUGCGCGUUACGGUGGGAAAGUGGCCAUAUCUCAGCAAGGGCAGCCGGACUGGGGUGCGAAAUGCGGCUCGGACGGAAGCGCUGGACCUUCUGCACCAUCAGCGUCCUCCUGAUAUUCUACAAGACGACGGAAAGAGCGAGAAGUGAUGAGCACCAGGAAGCCCAACUCACAAGUGAGGGCGAGCUGAGCACUUCCAGACUAAUGGUCAAUGGCAGUGAGAAGGCUGUUGGCAAGAGCCUGCCUGCCUAUUUGCAGUCCGAAGACUGGAAGGUCAACGCUACUCUAGUCGCCAUGAUAAGAAAGGACAUCCUGCACUUCUUGGAUGCGGAGAAGGACGUGUCCGUGAUCAAGAGCAACUUUAAACCAGGAGACACCAUCCACUACAUCCUGGACCGCCGCCGGACGCUGAACGUCUCCCACACUCUGCACAGCCUGCUGCCCGAGGUUUCCCCGCUGAAGAACAAGCGUUUUAAAACCUGCGCCGUGGUGGGCAACUCCGGGGUCCUCCUGAAGAGCGGAUGUGGGAAGGAGAUUGACGGGCAUGAUUUUGUUAUACGAUGUAACCUGGCCCCCCUGGCCGAGUUUGCGGAGGACGUGGGCCUGAAGUCGGACUUCACCACCAUGAACCCCUCUGUGAUCCAGCGGGUGUACGGGGGUCUGCGGAACGAGACGCAGCGCGAGCGCUUUGUGGAGAGGCUCAGCAUGCUGAACGACAGCGUGCUGUGGAUUCCAGCCUUCAUGGUGAAGGGCGGAGAGAAGCACGUGGAGGGUGUCAAUGAGCUCAUCCUCAAGAGAAAGCUCCCACUGCGCACAGCCUACCCCUCACUCCGCCUGAUCCACGCUGUCAGAGGGUACUGGCUCACCAACAAGGUCAACAUCAAGCGACCCAGCACUGGACUCCUGAUGUACACCAUGGCCACGCGUUUCUGUGACGAAAUCCACCUGUAUGGAUUCUGGCCUUUUCCUAAAGACGCCAAUGGAAUUCCUGUGAAGUAUCAUUACUACGACUUACUCAAGUACCGGUACUUCUCCAGCGCAGGUCCUCACCGGAUGCCACUCGAGUUCAAGACUUUGAAAACGUUACACAGCAAAGGAGCCCUGAAGCUUACUACGUCUAAGUGUAGAUAAGAUGGACAGGCUCCACUCGGUCAUCAUUAUGCCACUCUGUGCCACUAUUCGUCAAAGGGACAACAGAAUGGGUCAUGUGAAACUUUGAAUGUUGGAGUGUCUGGACUGCUUGAGGCUUCGGAGUCGGAGUAUGCCUUUCCGUUGGACAUUUUAAAGGCAUAGUCUGGACGUUGUGUGGUGAAAAGUAUCAAAGAAGGGUUUAAAGUGCUCUACUGUGUACAUUAUAUUUUAGCAAAGUAACAAAAUCCCCAUUGAUGAGCUCUUAAAGAUCAAAAAUAUCAUAAAUAUAAAAUCAAGGCUAGGUAUAUUUAAGAUGCCUUAAGCCUUUGUUAGCUGUUUUAAAACUCAAUACAGUUUGUCACCUUAAAAUCAGUGCUUGAUAACUGAUGGAUUACUACUGAAAGAAGAUGUCUUAAUAAUCCCAAAGAGCCUAAUGUUUCAGCUGAUGUUUCCUUGAUUGUAUUGUUUUUCAGUGCUGUAUUUUUUAGGACUUAGAGGCCUUUGUGCAAAUUAUUUUUAUACCCAGUCUAGAACAUACAGUUUUAAAUUGGCAAUGUUUCAAAUUCAACAUGCCACACUAAUGUGUAGGUUAUGUUUGAUUCGUUUUUUGUUUUUGUUUUUCUGGAUAAUGUAACACACAAUGUAUGUAUGAAAAGUAUCUCUGAGCACUUUCACACCUGUAGUUCAUUUGCUCUGGUCUGCAUUUGUAAAAGUUAAAGUCAGUUUUCUGGACAGGGAAUAAGCCUAUAGUGUCCAGGCUAAAUAUUUGUUUUUGAAACUUCCCCUCAGAGGAUUUCCUUGGUUUGGUUUGAUUUAACGCCAAGAAAAAUUCAAGUGCUCCAAAAGAAGUCUCAAAAACCAUGUGAGAAAGUUCUCUCUACUUACUGGUAAGGACCUCUCUUUGGCGGAGCAAGAAAGUAAAUACAGAAGGAAGGUCCUAUGUUCUGGACUAGUGCAUAAUUCGGUGCAAUUUAAUGAUGCUUUGGGCCUUUCAGUUUGGCUCCAAAAGACUUUUGGACCAAUUGCAGGAAGUUGAGUCAGGUUAUUGUAAUUCAUUAAACAAUAGAACAAGAAAAAGUAAAAGUAAAGAAACUCAGCUCCAUUACGCAGCUCUAUGUCCACAACAGAUUAUUACACAGGUGAUUUCUGUACCAACUGUAACUGUAAAUUUGCCCUUAUUUUAAUGGGGCUAAUCUGUUAUGCUUACUCUGCUACAAAAAGCAUGCAGUUAAAGAGAGUUGGAAAUAGUACCUAGAAAAAAGGCAACUUGCCGAACUUAAAAACAAGCGGAAGUCUUUGUACAAACCAAUCAGUGUUAAGUAUAGGAAAAUGCAGCCCACAUAGGUGAUGGCAACAGGACUAACUGUAGCAAAGUUAUGUAGUAUGCGCCCUCUCUUAACUAAACUGCAGUAUGAAACCAAAACCAACUGGACCAGAUGUAAUCUGAUUUACAAUGUAACAACACAUCAAACAAGGUGUGAAAAUGCUGUAAUAUAGAGCAGACUUUACAGAUGGUACAGUAUUUGUUCUGUUGAGUUCUUUUGGGACCAUCUGUCUAUGAUUGUUGUGUUUACACCUGUCCAAUUGAACUGGUUUAGACAGACUAAAAAAAGUGCAGGUGUGAAAACGUCCUCAUUUAAUGCUACUGGUGGCCACUGCUGGCUAAAGGUCUGGGUGUACCUAUAUUUUUGGAAUGUAUUGCAUAUUUAUUGUACUUGUAAAUGUUGGGAUUCCUUUUUUUGGCUGAAAAGUUGCCACAUGCACAUUUUUUUCUCUAAUACUUGACUUGCAGUUAUUACCGUAAGAACAUACUGUAUUUUUCGAACUAUAAGUAUUAUACUGCAUAUUAUAAGGUGCACUGAAUUAUAAAGCACAUUUUAGAGACACUAUAAGGAACUUAAUUCAGCAGGUCUUGCCGCUGAGUUCUUUUAAAGUCAAAUGAGUAUUGGAUGUUAGUCUACACAGAUUUCUCUCUUGAAAAGUGUUUAUUUGGGUGAGUAAAGUGCUUCAGUUUAUUUACAGUAAGCUUAGAUUACCGAAUUUCUCCAGCAUUAGGCUGGAGCAUUAGCGGCUAACCGCUCCAGCAGUGCUAGCUGAGGUUAGCAGCAGGCUACAGGCAGAUAAUACUCACCUCUGAACAGGGAAAUAGCGGUUAGCGGCUAAUGCUAAUGCUACUACAACCCUGGUGCUGGAGAACUAAACUGAAACUACUGUAUAACUCUGUACGUCAGCAGAGUGGUUUUACCUCUCCUCACAACCUGACUGGUACAAUUUAUACAUAAGAAUCAUUGGAUUAAAAGGCCACUGUAGAUUUCUGGGAAAAUUAAAGGAUUUUGAGUGUGCCUUAUGGUGCGAAAAAAAAACGGUACAUAACCAAGUAUUAGCUGAGAAAUUGUUCAUGACUUUUUUUUUUUUUUUGUUCUAUGCGUUUAUGUUCCAACACCAGUCCUUUUCCUGAUCUGUUAAGGCCUGGAUACACUGAACUACCACUUUUCUCAUUUUUCAUCUGGUGAAUAGUCUUUUUUUUAUGUCUCACAUUAGAGGACAUCAUUCUUCAAUAUUCUGUAAUAAUAAUUCUGCUAGUAUAAUUGAUCCUUUUUUAAACCUGAUCACACUGUCAUGAACAUAAUGAUUGACAUAGCUAUUUGUUUAUGAGCUACUUGUUUUGCUGGAGGCUUUCAGUAGAAGCACAUUAUACAGAUGAAAGUAGCAGAGUCGAUUUAUGGAGAGCCAGAAACCAUCCUAAUUUUCCUUGUUAUGAUCAUAAAAACGUCACUUGAAGGUCACUAAAAGGCUAAAAGUCAAAUUAAAAAUACUUUCUAACUGCUUGUUCAGGAUAUUCCUUUAUUUUAAAAAGUAGCAAAAAAAACAAACAAACCUGUAUUAUCCCCUUUUUUCUACAGUAAACUAUUUUUGACAGCAGAUUCGCUAGCAUUACUGCUAUUUUAAGCUGACUGGUUGAUGAGCUGAUACUGGAGUUACAGCCGGAGCAUUUUUAAAUUGUUUAUAAUAACCUUUUUUAUUUAUUUUUUUAGCACAAAAAUAUCAAACAUUUAAAAACUAUGAUUUUGCAUGUAUUCUCUAUAUAAACCUGUUCAUUUUGGACUCACUCUGGAGCACCAUCUAGUGUCUGAUUUUUUUUUUUUUUAUGUGGCCUGGCCUUAUCCAGAUUAAUCCUGAUCCUCAGGGUGAGUAAAGAGAUCAGGAGUAAAGAGGUUCGGUUAUUUUUUUUUAUUGUGUUUUAUUUAUAUAUUGGUCAUGUAUUAUUGUUAUCAGUGUAUCCAAGCCUUUGGUGCUUCUCCAGUUUCUGGUUCAGAUGUUUGAAAUGUUGUUGCUGUCUGUAGGAUUGUAUAUAUACUGUAUGUAAGAAUGUAAAGAGGUUUUUGUUUCUUCACAGGAGAGAAAUGUACUACUUUGAAUGUUGUAAUGUAUGCAUUUCAUGCACAGAACGAGUGGAGGAAGCCUCAGUUCUCGCUGUAGUUUGGGGUCUUUAACCAGACGAGCAACUUUUACAACUUUUUGGUUAUUGAUUUUUCACAACAUGGCUCAUAUUUUUACAUUUUUAAUUCAAAGCAUUUCAAGCGUGUAAAGAACUGGAGCAUAUAUUUCAUGUUAUUUAUUGUUACAAGAAACUGCUGUCGCUUUUAUUUUGGGAAAUUAAUGAAUUAAUUUUGUACGUUCGCCUUUUCUGUAAUUUAUAUGGUUAUUUUUUUGUACUUUAUAUCAAACUGACCAAGAUGUUGAAUGUUAUAGGCUUUGGAUUGUUUGUAGAGAAUUUGAUACUUAUUGUUUUGUUAAAAGAUGCAGCUUAUAAAAUGAGUUCCCCUUUUUUCAAAACCAACUUUAUAUGUUUGUAGGAAUUUUAGACAGGGAAAAUAAAAUGCAUUGUUGAUACCCC